AUGGAUCCUGGAGAGAAGGCUCGGCUUGCUCAGGGUAUUAGGGUCUCCAUUCAGCAGUGGAAGGCUCGGCUGCCGACCGCCCUUGGCGUCGACUUCCUGUCAAGUCAAAACAACAACCACGGUAGCACUGAAGCUGCAAUCCUGCCGGCCGUCAUGUGCUGUAUGCACUCUUUGACCACUAUAUGCCUCGGGCAGCUGUGUUGUGUCAACUCGAUGGACUUCCACUGGAUUGAGGAGGUUCUUUCCUAUGCUCGGGGCCUCGGUGAUUGCGACGCGACGUCCUCCUUUACCUCUCCCUCAUCGGUUAUACCACCGCCGCCGCCUUCAGCUGAAGGCUGGAAUGUGCUUGUGAGCCAGUGCCGUAAGUUCGUGCAGCCCUUUCUCAGUAUCCGCUCAAAACAUCCCACCUCCGUCAACGUCCAGCUGUGCCCCUUCAUGUCGAUUCUUCUAUGCCCGUCUGUCAACUUGUUCCUGAACUUCGAAAAUGGCAACAGACUGACGGACCAGCGCCUCAUGGCGGGAGCCGCCUCUGUGCUGGGUGGCGUUAUGGAGCAGACGCAAUCAGAAAUUGUCUCCAAGGUUCUCGAAGUCUACAUUGAGUUUGACUGGCACUUUAUACUACUAACGACCGACCUCACAACGUCAGAAUCACCUUUUCUGGGCAAGUGA